UUUCUCUCUCUAAUUUCUCAAUUUCUUUCUCCGAAAUGGCUAUGCCUAUGGCUUCCCUCUUCUACUUAAUUCUCGCCGGAUUCCUCCUUCCGGCCGCCCAUUCUCUCACCUGUUCUUCCCAGAAAUUCGCAAACAGAACCUUCGCCCAUUGCGAAGAUCUCCCUCAUCUCGAUGCUUUCAUUCACUGGACUUACGAUUCCAAAAAUUCUUCCCUCUCCCUCGCCUUUCUCGCUCCGCCGCCGCGCCCCGGCGGCUGGGUCGCUUGGGCCGUCAACCCCACUGCCACCGGCAUGGCCGGCGCCCAGGCCCUCCUCGUCGGCGGCUCCGGCGCCGCCCCCUCCGUCCGCACCUUCAACAUCUCCUCCUACUCCUCCGUCGUCCCCUCGCCGGAGCUCUCCUUCCCCGUCUGGGACGUCGCCGCUGAGUCCACCGGCGGGCGGUUCACGAUCUACGCCAAGUUGAAAGUUCCGGCCAAGGCCACGUCCCUGAACCAGGUCUGGCAGGUCGGACCGGCCGUCGACCCGUCCGGCGGGCUGACGGUUCACGAGUUUAAACCGGCCAAUCUCAACGCCAGAGGCGUGUUGGAGUUCGUCAAGAGUAAGAAGCGUGAUGCCAGUCCUGCCCCACGCGCCCACGGCGGCGCGUCGCCCGCACCUGCACCCGCGCCGGCCGUCGUCGGAAGGGAAAAUGGCACCGCCACCGCCGCGCCGGGUCCGGAUAAGGGUGGGGCUGCCGGAAUCAGAAGCAGAAAUUUGGGAUCUGUUUUGGGUUUGUUUCUGUUUGUUUGGGGAAUUAUUGUUUUCUAAUUUAAAUUAUAAAUUCUGAUUUUGUAGUUUUUUUUUUUUUUCUACAUCGAUCGAUUUAGAAUUUUGUAGUCGAAGAAAAAGAAAAUAAUAAUAUUGUUUUACAGUUUUGAUUCUA